AUGGGAUCAACAACUUUUCAACUGCGAUCCAUACGAUGGAUUAUUCCGCUCAUGGCUCUUGUCACAUUUGUCUUGACAUGCCUAAGGUUUUAUUAUCAGCAAGCCCAUGGGAUCAAGGAAAGCUUGGAUAGCCAAAUGGUUUCUGAUGAACAGAGGAUACAAGAAGAACAGGAGAUCUUGAAGGAGCAUCAGUUCCAAGAAAGCAUUCAAGACAUCAUGAAUGCUACAUUAGGGUUCAACAAAAUCUUGGCUAUCAACAUGCCGAGUCGGACAGACAAGCGCGACCAGUUAGUCCUGGGCUCUUCAAUUACUGGGUUCGUGAUUGACUUUAUGGAUGGAGUGGAUCCGAACGACUUGAAUUCCAAAACUUAUACAUAUAACUGGAACUAUGAGCAUUCCGCCACUGAGUUUGCCUGUCUUCGGGCGCAUCUCAAUGCAGCCCAACGAAUUGUCCAACAGGGCCUGCGCACUGCUCUCGUACUAGAAGACGAUGUUGAUUGGGACAUAUCCAUCAAACCUCAACUCCAAACAUUUGCACACGCUGUCCGAUCCCUUCAAGGCACAACUCAGACUCUCGCAGAGUCCCCGUAUGGAGACGAAUGGGAUCUCCUCUGGCUAGGACAUUGCGGUGCCUCAUGCAAGACCGAACUACCCUUCUACAUGAUUCCAAACGACCCAACUAUACCUCAACCGAGCCACCUCCCAAAUUAUUAUCAUGGUCCGCCGGAGAAUGUGAGACCAGAUACUACACGACUGGUAUGCACUCAACAAGACGCCGCCUGCACACCUGCCUACGCCAUGAGCUACCGUGGUGCCCAGCAUAUCCUCGCCGCGCUAUCAGUCAACCCAUCCGGUUUCGCUGAUCAACUGCAGACAGGCGACCAGAUCGACAUAGAGCUUGGUCGCAUGUGCAAGAGUGGUUUGCUCAAAUGUUUUGCGCCGUAUCCAUCUUUGUUUGGAACGUACCGAUCUGCAGGGUUACCUUCGAAGGGGACCGAUCAAAGUGGGCACGACAGUGAAGCGCAAAUGGAGCCUGCUACUAGCUGGGGUCUGGUGUAUAGUACUAUGCUUAAUAUUAAGCAUGUUCUACAAGGCGAGCAUGUCGUUCAUGCAACAUGGCCUGAUGUUGAGAAACCCGUCAUUAACCCAGAGGAUAUACAUUUCGAAAGUGGGUAUAUGUACACAUACCGACCGGAAGACUAUCCAGGCCCGGCUCUUAUACCUGAAGAGGAACCCUUCGAUGAAACUGUCUUCUCAGACGAAACGAUAUCCACGGAUGAAGCAUACUCGAUCAGUCGACCACACGCAACGAGAGGGCCGCAUCUAACGAACGAGCCAGUAUCUCAAGAUCCAUCAUAA